AUAAGGAGAGAGAGAGAGAAAGAGAGAGAGAGCAUCGGAAUAGGCAAUAGCGCAUAGCUAUUAGUCACUGCCAUACAAGAAGCAAGAAGUAGUGAAGAAGAAAAAGUGUGAAACAGUUCAAUGUAGUGUUAAUUGUGGUGGUUGUUGUGAUUGCGGUUGCUUUUUGUUUUCUGCUCCGCUACUCUUCAAACCACCGCGCUUUUCGUUCUUUCCUUCUCUCUCAAUUUCUUCACUCAACAACCACUACUCUUUCUCAUGCUCUCUCUCUCUCCUGCUGUUAAAAAUCUAUUUCCCUCUCUCUCUCUCUCUCUCUUGCAGCUGUAUCGUUAUCUUAAGUUCUAAUCUUCCUAAUUGAUCACACAUUGGGACUCGUUUUCCUUCCCCUGGAACCUCGAUUAACCUCUAAUCUCUCUCCCUAAUUUUCUUUUUCUUUUAAUUUUCUUUUUCUGUUUCGAUGGAGACAUCGGAGAAUUGUUCUGUGAAAGUUGCUCUUCACAUUCGUCCGCUCAUUGCUGAUGAACGACAGCAAGGUUGCAGAGAAUGCGUUUCAGUUACGCCUGCGAAGCCUCAGGUCCAAAUUGGGUCACAUUUCUUUACAUUUGAUCAUGUUUACGGAAAUGGUGGGUCUCCUUUGGCUGAUAUGUUCGAAGAAUGCAUUGCCCCGUUAGUUGAUGGCUUAUUCCAAGGAUAUAAUGCUACUGUACUUGCGUAUGGCCAGACAGGAUCUGGGAAAACAUAUACAAUGGGAACUGGCUAUAGUGACAAUUGUCAGACACAGGCUGGAUUAAUUCCUAAGGUUAUGAAUGCCUUGUUCAGCAAGAUUGAAACACUAAAGCAUCAGACAGAAUUUCAGUUGCAUGUGUCCUACAUUGAGAUUUUGAAGGAAGAGGUGAGGGACUUGUUAGAUUCUAUAUCUAACAGUAAAUUGGAAUCUGCUAAUGGCAAUUCUGGAAAAGCAACUGUUCCUGGGAGAACACCGAUACAAAUUCGUGAAACCUCAAGUGGAGUCAUAACACUGGCAGGAUCAACUGAAGUUGCUGUGAGUACACUACAGGAGAUGUCUACUUGCUUGGAGCAGGGUUCUUUAAGUAGGGCAACAGGAAGUACAAAUAUGAACAACCAGUCCAGUCGGUCACAUGCCAUCUUCACAAUCACACUAGAACAGAUGCGCAAGCUCCAUUCAAUUUCUCCCGACAAUGACUCUUCAGACGAGGAUAUGGGUGAAGAAUACCUUUCUGCAAAGCUCCAUUUGGUAGAUCUAGCUGGAUCUGAGCGAGCUAAAAGAACUGGUUCUGAUGGUGUUCGUUUAAAAGAAGGCAUACACAUCAAUAAAGGUCUCCUUGCACUUGGAAAUGUCAUAAGCGCAUUGGGAGAUGAGAAAAAGCGAAAGGAGGGUAUGCAUGUCCCGUAUCGGGAUAGCAAACUCACUCGACUUUUGCAGGAUUCACUUGGUGGAAACAGCAAAACUGUCAUGAUAGCUUGCAUUAGUCCUGCCGACAUCAAUGCUGAGGAAAGUCUCAAUACUCUCAAAUAUGCAAAUCGUGCUCGCAAUAUUCAAAAUAAGCCUAUUGCUAAUCGAGAUUUGAUAUCCAAUGAGAUGCAGCAAAUGCGUCAACAGUUAAAGUACUUGCAGGCUGAACUUUGUGCUCGGGGAGGAACUCCAGCUGAUGAAGUGCGGGUUCUCAAGGAAAGGAUUGUGUGGCUUGAGGCGACUAAUGAGGGCCUCUCUCAUGAACUUCAUGAAUAUCGCAGUAGAUGUGCUUUUGUAGACAAAUGUGAAAUUGAUGAACCAGAUGGUCAUAUUUAUCUUGAAAGACACUUUCAGAGCUCUGUUUCAUCUGAUCAUCCCAUGAUUGAAAGUAUAUCUGAGAGGGAUAGGAUCAAUGACUCAUGGCCCUGCAUCCUUCUUUCAGAAGAAUAUAGAAGUGACGAUUCAGGUGAAAGUGAUGAAGCAGUAAAGGAAUUGGAGCAUGCACUUUUGCAGAAUACCAUGGAUAAAGAGAUGAAUGAGUUAAAUAAGCGCUUAGAGCAGAAAGAGUCUGAGAUGAAGCGCAUUGGAAUUGAUACUGAAGCACUCAAAGAGCACUUUGGGAAAAAAAUUAUGGAGCUUGAAGAGGAAAAAAGAAAAGUGCAGCAAGAGAGGGACCAUUUGUUGCAUGAGGUAGAGAAUCUUUCAGCUAAUAUUGAUGGACUAGCACAGAAAUCUCAAGAUGUUCGUGGCCAAAAAUUGAAAGCACUGGAAGCACAGAUUUUAGACCUCAAGAAGAAACAAGAAAACCAGGUGCAGCUACUAAAGCAAAAGGAGAAGAGCGAAGAAACUGCAAAAAAAUUGCAAGCUGAAAUACAGUACAUCAAGGCUCAAAAGGUCCAAUUGCAGCAUAAAAUGAAGCAAGAGGCAGAACAAUUUCGACAAUGGAAGGCUUCUCGAGAAAAGGAGUUACUUCAGUUGAAAAAGGAGGGGAGAAGGAAUGAGUAUGAAAGACAUAAACUUGAGGCUCUAAACCAGCGCCAAAAAAAGGUGCUUCAUAGGAAGACAGAGGAAGCAACAAUAGCCACAAAAAGGCUAAAGGAAUUAUUGGAAGCCCGCAAAUCUUCUCCACGUGAAAACUCUGCUUAUUCAAAUGGACACCUUCAACCUGGGCUGGUUAAUGAGAAAUCCCUCCAAAAAUGGCUUGAUCAGGAGCUUGAGGUCGUGGUACAUGUGCAUGAAGUUCGUGCUGAAUUCGAAAAGCAAAAGCAGGUCCAAGCUGCAUUGGAGGAAGAGUUGGCUACACUGAAACAAGUCCAUCAGUUCUCGGAUUGCCAGAGUAUCCCUACAGGACAGAACAAAUAUUCCAGAUUAUUAUCCAUGCCACCGGAUGUAAAAGUCUCAAGAAUAGCUUCUCUUGAGAAUAUGCUGGGCAUGUCUUCGGCUGCUUUGAAAGCCAUGGCUUUACAACUUACAGAGGCUGAAGCAAGGGAACGUGCAUUAAGUAACCGUGGACGUUGGAACCAGUUACGCUCAAUGGGAGAUGCUAAGAAUGUGCUUCAGUACUUAUUCAAUGCUACAGCAGAAGCAAGGUGUCAAUUGUGGGAAAAGAAUAUAGAACUUCAGGACUUGAAAGAGCAAAUAAACGAACUAGCAAGGCUACAGAAAGAAAGUGAAACACAGAGAAAAGAACUUCUAAAGGAGCAAACACUUAAGGAAGAAGCUGUUUCUGUCGCCUUGAACACAUCAAUGGAAAACUCUCGGUCCUUGAAACACCUUGCGGAUGAAUUGAGUGGCCCAUUGUCUCCCAUGUCACUUCCCGCAACAAAGCAACUUAAAUUCACCCCUGGAGUUGUUAAUGGGUCAGUUACAGAGUCAGCUACUAUUAUGGACAAUGGAAGAAAGAUGAUACCCAUUGCGGAGUUGUCAGCAAGGAGGCUAGCAGCUGUUGGGCAAGCUGGAAAACUUUGGAGGUGGAAGAGAAGUCAUCAUCAAUGGCUGAUACAGUUUAAAUGGAAAUGGCAGAAACCGUGGAAACUUUCAGAAUGGAUCAAACACAGCGACGAAACAAUCAUGAGGUCAAGGCCUCGAGCACAGGCCUUGAUCAAUGCUAUGUGAGUUCGAGCUCAUAAGGACAUCAUUGUAACUCCAGUGCUUGCUCUCUGUUUCAACAUGGCUUGGCUAAAGCUCAGAUAGUUGUAGGUAAUCCACAAACAGUUUUUAACAUCCUAGACAACAUAGUGCUCCGAUAAACAUGUUGCAUUUUCUUUCCAUAACUACCUAGAGGAGUGUGCCACUUGAAUUCUUUAGCACUGAAAUUGUUCUCCAACUUGCAGUGUGUAUACAGGCAAUAAGUAAAUUGGAAAAGCUUGCUGAGAGUUUGGCUGUUGGAAAAGGCUGUGUUAUGGUCAUUUGUGUAUGUUGUAAUUUUGUAACGACACAUGUAGGCGUACGCUGACAUUUAAUAAUAUCAUAGGAAAAAUCAGUUUUAGUUUUAGAUAGUUAAAACCAAAAUGGUCCUCCUUUUGCAUGUACUACAAAAGAUAUUGCAAGAUUUUUUGUACAGAUAAACUAGUCCCCAAAAUUACUCAUAUUAUGAUGUUAGCUAAUAAUCUUUCAUUCUUGA